AUGUGGCGCAUAGCAGUUGCGUCCGUUGCGUUGCCAGUUGCUUGCCUCGCCCUUCGGGACGUCACUGGGCCUACGCGUCCGCUGGCUUUCGGGCCAGACGGCACCUUUCAAAUCUCCAUCUUGGAUGACCUUCACUAUGGAGAGGCGGCCAGCUCGUACGGACCAAUCCAGGACGCUCUCACAACGAAGACGAUCGCCAACCUCCUCGCUGAUGAGCCACAAACCGACUUCGUCGUCAUCAAUGGCGACCUCAUCUCCCGCGACAACAUCUUUUUCGAUAACACGACCCACUACAUCGACCAGCUCGUCCAGCCUAUUCUCGACCGCAACUUAACGUGGGCCACCCUCCAUGGCAACCAUGAUCCGGGCUACAAUCGCUCUGUUGAGGCCAUGCUCGCCCGUGAACAGCGCUGGCCCAAUUCCCGCACCCGCUCAAUGGUGCCUGACCCUCAGCGCGUCGGCGUCACCAACUAUUACCUCCCCAUCUACCCAGUCGACUGCCCCACGGGCUGCGGCUGCGCCCCCGCGCUUCUACUGUGGUUCUUCGAUUCACGAAGUGGCUUUGAGUACCAGAAGCUCGGGCCUGACGGGAAGAGGAUCGCGCGCCCCAAUUGGGUUGAUGCCGAUGUGGUUGACUGGUUCCUCGCCGAGAACCAACGCAUCGUCACGAAAUUCAACAAGACCAUCCCGUCCCUGAGUUUCGUCCACAUUCCCUUCGACGCCUUUUCUGCCGUGCAGGCCGGUCCCGGGAUCGAUCCGCAGCGACAGCCGGGGAUCAACGACAUGGUCGUCACAGGCCAGGCGAUCGGGUACUGUCCCGACGGCGUCAACAACGGCACCUGCGCGUACGGCGGACAGGACAUACCCUUCAUGAAGGCCGUCACGUCGACGCCGGGCAUGCUGAGCCUCUUCACUGCGCACCAACACGGUGACUCGUGGUGUUACAAGUGGACGGCGGACGCGCUUCCGGACUACCCCGUGCAGCCCGAGGGUGGCGGGCUUAACAUCUGCUUCGGCCAGCGGACGGGCUACGGCGGCAACGGAAACUGGGAGCGCGGGUCGCGGCAGGUGCUGCUGCGGCAGAACCAGUUGGCCCUGGGCGAGCUCGAGACAUGGAUCCGGCUCGAGUCUGGAGAGGUCGUUGGGGCCGUUUCGCUGAAUGGAACGUAUGGCCAGGAUAUUUAUCCUGUGUCGCCCAACCGCGAGACGUUCUGUCGGGAAUGUAAUAAAUGA